AUGCAGCUACUCUCCACAAAGAAUCAAAGGAAUUACUUCCAUGAAUCCGUCUCAAAAGUAGCAACCGGUGUGGGAACCCUUGGUGGAGAAGCGGGCAUACCGACGCCUUCGUAUGAGGAAUUCACUACUUUGAUACAUGAUCUCCACAAGUUAACGAAAGAGCAAAGAUCGACCACCCAUAUAACGUACUUAUCACCUGACGGUAGCACGUUGCCCAUAUCCAAUAAUGAUAAUUUGAGAAAAGCCCUGGAGACGCGAGAGCGGGUGCUUCGGAUUGUUGUACAACAUAAGGGCGAGUCACUGGAGGAACAAUACGGUUAUGGUGUUACACCUGAGGCCUUGAUUAGAAAGAAACGAAAAGUCUUCAUUUCUGCUCCGCAAGACUUCCGACGGAGCCAGAGUCAUUAG